UUGAACAAGAUGGCGUUCAGCAGAACCAAGUGUUAGCAGAGUGUCUUUGUUGUGUUUUCAAAGUGUGAACAUGUCUAAAGUCCAAAUGCUGAGAUUGUUGGUGAAGCAGCGACUAACUGCGGCUGCUGAAGAGAUAUUUGGGCUGUUUGAAAGAACGAUAGCAGAGUACGAGGAGGAACUUUGUCGAUCAAAAGAGGAGAACGAGCGACAACGGAAACUACUGGACGCUGUUUUCAACCCUCAGCCUCAGUUAAACGAAGGAGACGUCCAGCAGCUGUUGGUGGUUAAAGAAGAGGUUCCCCCUGAGCAGCAGGAGUGGAGCUCCAGUGUGGACCAGGAGGACCCAGAGCCCCCAGACAUUAAAGAGGACCAGGAGGACCCAGAGCCUCCACACAUUAAAGAGGAACAGGAGGAACUCUGGAUCAGUCAGGAGGGAGAGCAGCUUCAAGGGCUGGAGGAGGCUGAUAUCAUCAAGUUCACAUCCUCUCCUGUCCCUGUGAAGAGUGAAGAUGAUGAAGAGAAACCUCAGUCCUCACAGCUUCAUCAAAGACACACUGAACAGAUGGAAACUGGAGCUGAUGGAGAGGACUGUGGAGGACCAGAACCAGCCAGGAACUCAGAUCCAGAUACACAUUUACAACCUGAGACUGAUGACAAGACCGGAGAGUUUUCUGAGCCUGAGACUGAUGACAGUAAUUAUGACUGGAAGGAGACCAGAGAAUAUCAGUCAGGUUUAAAUGCUUUGAAAAAUGAUGAAGACUCUGUCAGUGAUUGGAGGUGUAGUGCUGGUGAGAAAUCAUUCAGUUGUGCUGAGUGUGGGAAAAGAUUGAGCUCAGGGCAACAUCUGAAGAGACACAUGAUGACUCAUACAGGAGAGAGACCGUUCAGCUGCCCAGUUUGUAAGAAAUCUUUUACACAUCGUGGAAAUUUACAGACACACAUGAGAACUCAUACAGGAGAGAAACCUUUCAGCUGCCCCGUUUGUAAGAAAUCGUUUAUAGAGAGUGGGUAUUUACAGAAACAUAUGAUAAUCCACACAGGAGAGCAACCUUUCAGCUGCUCUGAGUGUGGGAAAAGAUUCCUUCGCAAGCAAACCUUAGUUCAUCACAUGAGAACCCACACAGGAGAGAAACCUUUCAGAUGCCCUGAGUGUGGGAAAAGAUUCAGCCUAAGGCAACAUCUGAAGAGACACAUGAUGACUCAUACAGGAGAGAAACCGUUCAGCUGCUCAGUUUGUGAAAAACCUUUUACAGAGCGUGGAAAUUUACAGAAACACAUGAGAACUCAUUCAGCAGCGAAACCUUUCAGCUGCCCAGUUUGUAAGAAAUCUUUUACAGAGAGUGGAAACUUACAGACACACAUGAUAAUCCACACAGGAGAGAAACUUUUCAGCUGCAAUGUUUGUGAGCAAAGAUUCUCUUGGCCUACACAGUUCAGAAACCAUCAGUGUGUUGGGUGUCAGUCCUCACAGCCUCAUCACAGUCAAACUGAGGAGAACAGAGAGGCAGAGCCUCCAGCCAGCAGCUCAGCUCAACAGAUGGAAACUGGAGCUGAUGGAGAGAACUGUGGAGGACCAGAACCAGCCAGGAACUCAGAUCCAGAUACACAUUUACAACCUGAGACUGAUGACAAGACUGGAGAGUCUUCUGAGACUGAUGAAAGUGUUAGCAGAGUGUCUUUGAGUCUAAACAUGUCUAAAGUCCAAAUGCUGAGAUCGUUGGUGAAGCAGCGACUAACUGCGGCUGAUGGAGAGAUAUUUGGGCUGUUUGAAAGAACGAUAGCAGAGUACGAGGAGGAACUUUGUCGAUCAAAAGAGGAGAACGAGCGACAACGGAAACUACUGGACGCUGUUUUCAACCCUCAGCUUCGGUUACACAGAGCAGACGUCCAGCAGCUGUUGGUGGUUAAAGAAGAGGUUCCCCCUGAGCAGCAGGAGUGGAGCUCCAGUGUGGACCAGGAGGACCCAGAGCCUCCACACAUUAAAGAGGACCAGGAGGACCCAGAGCCUCCACACAUUAAAGAGGAACAGGAGUUCACAUCCACUCCUGUCCCUGUGAAGAGUGAAGAUGAUGAAGAGAAACCUCAGUCCUCACAGCUUCAUCAAAGACACACUGAACAGUUGGAAACAGAAACUGAUGGAGAGGACUGUGGAGGACCAGAACCAGCCAGGAACUCAGAUCCAGAUACACAUUUACAACCUGAGACUGAUGACAGUGAUGAUCAGUGGACAGAGACCAGAGAACCUCAGUCAGGUUUAAACUCUCUGAAAAGUGUUGAGGACACGGUCAGUGGCAGAACUGGUGAGAAACCACUUAGCUGCUUUGAGUGUGGGAAAGGAUUUGGCAAUCUUCGAAUUCUGAAAGUACACAUGAGAAUUCAUACUGGAGAGAAACCAUUCAGCUGCUCUGAGUGUGGGAAAAGAUUUAGUCAAAGAGGUAAUCUGCAGAGACAUUUGAGAUCUCAUACAGGAGAGAAACCUUUCAGCUGCUCUGAGUGUGGGCAAAGAUUUUACCGCAAGACACAUCUGCAGGACCACAUAAAAUAUCAUACAGGAGAAAAGCCUUUUAGCUGCCCAGUUUGUGAGAGAUAUUUUAUGGAGAGUGGAAAUUUACAGUCACAUAUGAGAAUUCAUACAGGAGAGAAACCUUUCAGCUGCUCUGAGUGUGAUAAAAGAUUCCUUCGCAAGCAAACCUUAGAACAUCACAUGAGAACCCACACAGGAGAGAAACCUUACACCUGCUCAGUUUGUAAAAAACAUUUUGCAAGGAGUGGAAAUUUACAAUCACACAUGAGAAUCCACACUGGAGAGAAACCCUUCAGCUGCUCUGAGUGUGAUAAAAGAUUCCUUCGCAAGCAAACCUUAGAACAUCACAUGAGAACCCACACAGGAGAGAAACCCUUCAGCUGCUCUGAGUGUGAUAAAAGAUUCCUUCGCAAGCAAACCUUAGAACAUCACAUGAGAACCCACACUGGAGAGAAACCUUACACCUGCUCAGUUUGUAAAAAACAUUUUUCAGGGAGUGGAAAUUUACACUCACACAUGAGAAUCCACACUGGAGAGAAACCCUUCAGUUGCUCCAUUUGUCAAAAAAGUUUUUCAAAAAGUGGAAAUUUACAUGAACACAUGAGAACUCAUACAGGAGAGAAACCUUACAGCUGCAGUGUCUGUCAGCAAAGAUUCACUUGGCCUCACCAACUCAGAAACCAUCAGUGUGUUGGUUGUCAGUCCUCACAGCCUCAUCAAAGUGAAAUGGAGGAGAACAGAGAGGCAGAGCCUCCAGCCAGCAGCUCAGCUCAACAGAUGGAAACAGAAGCUGAUGGAAAGGGCUGUGGAGGACCAGAACCAGCCAGGAACUCAGAUCCAGAUACACAUUUACAACCUGAGACUGAACACUGGUGAUGAGUGGAAAAAGGUGCUGAGUAUGACAACUCAUUUGUCCACUAUGGUCUGAAGAGGCAUCUGAGGAUUCAUACGUUACGUUGCUCUGUUUUUGAUACAAGAUUCCUCUGGAAGAAAAAUUGAGUUUGUCACGUGAGAUUUUUGCUCGUUCAGGAGAAACCCUUUUGCUGCUCAUUUUGUAAAACACAUUUCACACUGAAUGCCCACACUGUUACACUCAUGAGAAUCAACACAGGAGAAACCCUUCAGCUGCUUAGUGUGUGGGAAAAGUUUUACACAAUAGAUUCACCAGGCAGUCACAUGUCAAAGGUCAUAAAUGUGUCUUUGACAGCAGCAGCGGUAAAACUGCUGGUUCACAUGAAACUUUUAGCUGUGAUGAAACUCUGGAGCAACAGAGAGCUGAAACAGUUGUUGACAUGUCUGAAACGAGAACAGUUUUCUUGUGAGCAAACAGCAUUCAGAGUUCUGAUCCUGGUUUUUAUUGAUGUCUCAUAACUUAUUUAUAGUUUUGCUUGGUUUUAUUUUCUGUAGGCAUGAGAUGUUAACUGAAUGAUACAGUUGACUUGGUUGCUGAAGUUUGAAUGAUGAUAAGUUAAUGUUUUCACAGAUUGAUCUGAUUCUGUAUGAUAAUAUGAUGUGUUUUUAUAGGCUUUGCAUAUUGUGUAUAUCAAUCUAUUUUGGUUAUAUUUACAAGAAAGAAAAAUGAAUAUCAUGUCCUACACUUCCCAUAUUUUUAUUUAUAUAUAUGUUUAUGAAUGUUCAUUGAACUGUGAUGAGAUUCAAGCAGCCCUGGAUGGACAGAAUUUUUAGCCACUUUUCACCGUGCCCAGCUGCACAGCGGGGUAACAAAGUGUUGUACCUCGUUCCUCUCCUUCAGGGAACAGGAGUUGUAGUAUAAACAUUCUGUUUCCUCUCAGUCGAUUCCCUCGGAGCAACACACAUAGAAUGGUACCUGCAGACACUUAGCCUUAGUGAUGGCCUAAUGAGGCCUCAUGAACCACUGUCUUUAUUCUCUAAAUCCACUAGAUGGCACUGUCUGUUCAACAAAAGUUUGAAAGCAUGUUUCAUUGUCAUUCCUUCAGCCUUUAUCUUUAAACCAAGAGCGCCAUCUGGUGGGGUCAGAAAAUAAAGAAAUUGGUUCAUGAAGCUUCAUUUGGCCAUCACUACUCCCAGCAUGCCCCACAAUUAGCGUUCCCUAUUUAGGACUUCUUCUUCUUUUUUUUUUCACUUUUAUUCAGAAUGUACAUAACAAUACAGGGACAGUGAUACAAAACUUAAACACAAAAAUCAAACAACAAUGGUGGAAAUGAUGUUGCAGCAACCAAGUAUAAACAUAAAACAAAAGAGAAGUCAAACUGCAAAAACCAGGGUUUAAGCAAAGUGAACAAAAAGAAACAAAAAAGAACAAAGAAAAUAGAAAAGCAAGGAUCAAGCAGCAGAUGUGUAAGGGUUAACAGCCAUACAGUUCUGUUUUUCCAUCAUUUUCAGCAGCCUAAAAUAAAUGGUAAAAUCACUCAAGAACACUGUGGAUGAGAGAGAGCUUCUGUUCCAUUAACAAGUAUGAAUAUGAUGUUUACCCAUAAUAAUCACAAGAAUGAUAGUAUCAGA